AUGAAGUUCUUGGCACUCUGCGCUUUUCUUAUCCUUGCUGUGGUGGCAGUCCAUGCCAGGCCCGGUCCCGGCAGAGGAUUUGGAGGUGGAUUUGGAGGACCUGGAUUCGGUGGACCCGGUAGCUACGGACCAGGCUUCGGACCUGGCUUCGGAGGUGGAAGCGCUACUGCCACAGCCAAUGCCGUGGCUAAUGCCAACAGCUAUGGAGGCGGCCCGGCUAGCGCCUCUGCCUCAGCAAGUGCUGUCGCCAACUCAUCAGGCGGCGGUGGCCAAGGUGGUCAUGGAGGACGUGGUCGACAUGGAGGAUAAAGAUAAAUCAAAUCAUAACUGGACUUUGAAAAAGAAGGCACGUCCACGGACAGGCCUCCUAGGGUGAAGCGAUAUCCAUACCAAGUUAAAUAAUAAAAUUAUAGAUAUUUUUUUCGAAAAUCAAGUCUGUUGUUUUU